AUGCCGGAAGCCGGAAGUCGUAAUGCAGAAGCUAGCAAAAGUAGCGUCUUUUGACCAUUGAAGAAGCUAAAAGCUAGCAGUUUAAAGCAGCAACAGUUUUCUUUUCAGCGCUAAACUUGACACUAUAAUCAUUUGUGUUCUUGAAGAGUGUGCUUCGAUACAUUUUUUUUGGAAGGUGAAUCACUCUAACCCAAGUCAUGGCUGCAGAUUGGUUGGGUAGUUUGGUGUCAAUUAACUGUGGGCCAACACUGGGAGUCUAUCAAGGAGAGGUGGUGUCUGUGGACCAGUCCAGCCAGACAAUCUCCUUAAGACAGCCUUUCCAUAAUGGAGUCAAGUGCCCUGUUCCUGAGGUCACAUUCAGUGCCAUUGACAUAAAGGAACUAAAGAUUUUAGAUAUCAGAAUUGGCAAUGCUAGGAACAACAGUUCUACAAAGGUGAGCAGUGCCCCAGUUGCAGUCCCAAAGGGUGACCCCAAGUCUGUAGAGAAGCUCAACUCGCCUCAGCACUGCUCUAAAAGCUAUGGAGAGCGACAUCUGGAUGUACCUGGUCAGCCAAAGGCAUUCCGUCGAAGACACAACUCGUGGUCAUCUAGUAGUCGAGGGGCAAACCAGGUGACACCAAAAAAGAAUGGGGUGAAGAACGGUCAGAUGAAGCACAGAGAUGAUGAGUGUUUUGGAGAUGGCAUGGACGACGGGUUGGACACUGACUUUGAUUUUGAAGGAAACUUGGCUCUUUUUGACAAAGCAGCAGUUUUCUCAGAAAUUGACAUAUCAGAGCGCCGUAAUGGUGCAAGGUCACGUGGCACACCUCAAGACCAGACACCCUCACGGUAUCGUCAUGAUGAAAACAUCCUGGAGGCCAAACCUAUUGUCUACAGACAGAUUACUGUCCCUCAGCCAGGUGCCAAAGAGUACUGCACUGACUCUGGCCUUGUUGUUCCCAGUGUAUCCUAUGAGCUACACAAGCGUCUGUUGUCAGCCGCUGAGCGUUAUGGUCUCUCAUUGGAGCGAAGACUUGAGAUGACUGGAGUAUGUGCCAGUCAGAUGGCACUUACAUUGCUGGGUGGACCCAACAGAUUCACUCCAAAAAAUUUACACCAGCGUCCCACAGUGGCUCUGCUCUGUGGCCCACAUGUUCAAGGAGCUCAGGGCAUUAGCUGUGGUCGUCACCUGGCCAAUCAUGAAGUGGAGGUCAUCCUGUUUCUGCCCAAUUUUGUUAAGAUGCUGGACUCAGUCACCAGCGAGCUCACACUCUUUAACAAGACUGGUGGCAAACAGGUGUCAAGUAUCAAAGAUCUCCCAGACACCCCAGUUGACCUCAUCAUCAACUGCCUGGACUGCCACGAGAACACAUUCCUGAUGGAUCAGCCCUGGUACCGAGCAGCCGCAGACUGGGCCAACCAGAACAGGGCACCAGUGCUCAGCCUAGACCCCCCAGGUAGUGGACAGGGGCAGGCAGUGGAGGCCAAGUGGUCCCUUUCUCUUUGCUUACCCCUUUCCCUAGCUGAGGGAGCUGGCAGGGUUUACCUGUGUGACAUAGGCAUCCCUCGCCAGGUGUUCCAGGAAGUGGGAAUCAAGUACCAUUCUCCUUUUGGUUGCAAAUUUGUCAUUCCCUUGCACUCUGCAUGAUGGAACUAAUGGUCAAAAGAAUGAAUCUUUCACCCUCCAUGACCAUUCGGGUUUUGGCGCCUUACCGUAUAUUCCAGAGCUUAAGCUGUUUUUCGGUUCAUUCAUUAAGCUUCUAGCCCAUCAACAUGUGAACAUGACUUCCCUCAUACUGAAGGACCACUGUUGGGUGCUUCAGUCCAUCAAGGACUACGCACAUAAGAAUAAGACAGGAAAGAGCUUUAUUAAAAAAGUAAAAGUGUUGACUAUUCAAGGCUUCAGCAAUCUGUAGAUACCUGUGUGAUGAUGCAAGGUAUUUGGAAGAUAGAUUUUUCAGAAGCACAGCUGAAGUGUCAAACAGUACCACGUAGUGUUCAGUUUUAAAUUGAACAGGACAAUCUUUGCCUUAAAGUGGACAAUGUCUUACUGUCACUGUAUUCUCAACUCAUUCCGAAGCCAUCUGAUUAAUAAACUAAUACAUGCAAGUGCCAUGUUAUUAGAUAAAUCUGGAUGAGACAACAGGAUUUCCACUUAGCUGGUGUCACCAUUGCUAUUGGCUUAUCACCUGCCAUGCUCUGCAGCACUCUGUUACUGUUGUCUAAAGUGUUAAUAGUAUAGAAAUGACAUCUAAACAAAUGUGAAGUGACAUUUUUGUGAGUAAUGCUGUGUUUUCAUACUAAACCAGUGUUGAACAGGCAGCUACUGGAAAGAAUCCAGAUAUCAGCUGUUUUAUUUGCCCAUGGUAAGUUAGGCUGUGAUGAUAAGGGCUGUGAUAUGAUGACACAGCAUGCUACACCUGUAGUUUUAUGGGGGGGUUUGCAAAAUUUUGGCACAGUAGAUGACAGAAGUCUUGAUGUGGCUUCCAGGCUAGCUACUGUAACUUAAUUAAAUGUAUUAAUCAAGCAUG